AUGGAACCUACCAACUACGCGUCGCUGGCCAAAGGUGAGGCCACAAAGAGGCUCAUCUCGCAGCUGGUCAAUGAGAGACUAGUGGUCAUAUCACUACCUGACGGUAUUGACCAACCAUGUGCCCAUAUCAGUGGGCCAGAUACGACGGCCAAAUGGAUAACUCUUCCCGUGAUGGAAGGGUUGAACCCGUCGACGCACUUCAGGCCAAAUGAUUUUGGCACUCCUGUCAAACUCUGUUCUGACGAUGGAGAAAUAAUUGAAGAGGAUCCUGGUUCCAUUUUUACGUUCACCGCCUCUUGGUUUGCCUGCGAUGAAAAGACAAAGCUUUCUAUUGUAGAUGAGUUGCGAAACUCCGCCUCGAUGCUGGAGAAGUGGAUGGAGCUUGGAUCAAAAGCCCCUAUUCUCGAUAUCAACUCUUCCUUUAUCGACUGGGAAAGAAGCCUCAUCGCUGGUCAUCCGACCCAUCCUCCACUACUGAAGCUCAUUGGUGUUCCCCCACCGUCUACGCAUGAUGAUUACACAGUAGUCCCAUGCCUAUCACGUCACCUUCCCGCCUUGUUGCAUUUCUUUCCAGAAGCAACAUUGGUCAAAUCUGUGGAUGGUCGGGCACUGGCGCAGGCGUCUAUCAGAACGGUAUCUGUGCCCAGCUUUGAUCAUGACUUGAAGCUCUCUCUCGCCUGUCUUAUUACUUCAGGCCUGAGAGUGCUACCGUGCUACUCUGCAGAGGCAGCUCCAGCGAUGACACGCCUUCUAAAGGGUCUGAUACCUCAAGAUCUAUGGCUAUGUGGGGAGGUUGCCGCUGUCACUGGAAGCCAACCGAACACUGAAGAGGCUCAGUAUAUAACCUGCAUAUUGCGCGAGAACCUUGAGUUAAGGGCGGAGGAGAACAAUGAAUCGAUCAUUCUUGUCGCUGCUUUACUGGAGAGGCCACGGUGCGGUACUAAAACCUAUGCAGAAAUACUCUUUAACUUGGAAACAACUGAGGAUAAGGUUGUAUGGCUGAAAAGCUACCUACGAAAGCUUCUGUCCGUUGCAUUAGACCCUGUCACUCGUCAUGGUGUUGCAUUCGAGUUCCAUGCCCAGAACGCUGUCGUCAGAGUCUGUCGUCGCACCAAAGAAAUCAAGGGGUUCGCCAUUCGUGACCUCGGAGGCGUCAGAAUGCAUAGGCCAACUCUUGAGAGCCAAGGAUUCGACUUAAAAGGUAUGGAUGAGAGCUUAACAGAUGAUGUCCAUCAGGUUUGGGAUAGAACACACCAUGUGCUUAUUCAAAACCAUAUUGGCUACUUGAUUUACUCUCUGAGGCUCGAGAGAGAAUAUGGUGGCUGGCAGCUCGUUUUUUCUGAGCUCGAGCGUGCUCUUGAAGGUGAUGGUGACUCAACGAGCCAGAAAAUCUUUCAUUAUCUUGUCAAGAGCACGAUGCCUUUCAAGGCCUUUCUGAGAAUGAGAAUGGAGUCAGCGAUGAGUGUUGUGAAUGAUCCCCCCCAUGGCUAG